GCGCUCCAAGCGCCUAUCCCUGCUCCCUGAGCUGCUUCGCUCCCAGAACGAGUUAGACGCCAGGGGGAGCAGUCCACCAGCAUCUCCGAGCUCCACAGAGGCCGUGAUUGCAUAGACUUGGCGCCGCGGAGUGCUUGAGCCGGGCACAGCGGCAUGGUGGUGCGGCUGCGCCUGGCGCGCUUUGGCCGCAAGAACUCGCCCUUCUACCGGAUAUUUGCGGCGGAUGCGCGGUGCCCGCGCGAUGGCAGACACCUGGAGCAGCUGGGGCACUAUGACCCCAUCCCAGGCAAGGACGGCAACAAGUCACUAGGCCUCAACAUCGAGCGGAUACAGUAUUGGCUGUCUGUGGGGGCGCAGCCCUCGCAGACGGUGGCGCGGCUUCUGGGCCAGGCUGGCGUCAUCCCCAAGCCGCCGCAGGGACUCGGGAGAGGGGUUGUGAAGAACCCAGACAAAUACCAGAAGAAGUAGCCAGGCAAAUCGUGUCGGGGCAGCGGCUGCGACGGGGGGCAGCACAGGGCUGUGCUGCAGCGUCGUUGGUUUCUGAACCCAACCCUUCCGCGUGUGCUUGUGGUGGUUGUAACAGUGGAUGCCG